GGCGCACUGGCUUGGGCGUGCAGGGGGGUGAUCCAUAGUUUCGCCACUUGCAGGCGCCAAGUUGGCGGCUGCACAAGUUCGUCCUGCCUGACUAUGGGAAGGAGCGCUGCAAUACAAGAGGCAGAGGCCAGGCUCACACAAGCCUCGACCUCCUCGGCCACCAACACACUCAUCGUGACCGGCGUGCCUUGUCCGAGCACGGUGGACACGCUGCUCGAGGAUCUCUAUCGCUUGUUUGCCUCGUAUGGCGAUGUGGCAGCCUGGGCCCCUCUCAAGUCGCUCGGCAGGAUCAUCUGCGUCUACGCUGCAGACAGCUCGGCCACGCUUGCCAAGAGCGAGCUGGACCGCUCCUGGAUCCAGAUCACCACUGAUGGCACAGACUCGUCAAAGAGCACGAGCAGCUCAGAUGAGGAUGCGCUCAUCGACGAGACGAUCAGCAUGCUCAGAGUGUACGCUGGUCCCUCGACGGCCUUGGACACGCUCGCACACGAUGGCCGGCAGACGUUGUACGCCGCAAGACAUCUGCCCGUGCCAGACACCCAGCGCAACUUUCUCAUCUCUCCGCCCGGCUCGCCGCCAGUCGGAUGGGAGCAGGUCAGAGAGGAUCAGCCCAACAGAGAGACUCUGGCCCACGAUCUCAUGGAGGCGCUCAGCCACUUGUCGCUCAAGCAAGACGGGCCGGCUGGCGUGUCAGCCCAGUCGAACGGCGUCGUCCAUGCUGAGGGUCCCAAGCGAGGUCAUCGCCGACGAGAGACCGUCGUCCUCACGCCUGACGAAGCGAGCGGUCUCCCUGGCGUGACGAUCACCGAUCUCGAGACGAGCGAGAAUCAGAUCAGCCCAGGCAUCUCUCUCAGCGAAGCCUGGGCAGCUCAACGGGAGGCCACCCGCAACACAUCCGGCAUCAGCAACGUCAGAGCGACUUCUGAUGUCCGUAUCACGCCAACUGGCCGACCGCCGCUCGGCUAGAUCGCCCGAAAUACUCAAAGCAGACGAAGCGACAACCGGCCUUUUUCUAGAUGCUUACAAUGCUUAUGGCGCGCAACAACAGGCCUUCUUGCUCACCAGGGGAUUAUCGAGCCAUCCUGGCUUAGUAUGCCUUCCUGGCCUUUACCGAUCUCGGCGGAUGCGAUCACUUUGAGCGUCGUCUCCACAGAUUCGUCGACAGUAAUUGCACCAUUCUGACCUUCCGCCAUGGUCGACAUGUCGGUCGCCACGAGUCCCGGAUGCACCAGCAAGACGUUGAUGCCCUUCUUCUCGAGGCUUAGCGCCACGACCCGACCGAGCAUGUUGAGCGCAGCCUUUGAUGCUGCGUAAUGGCCGAAGGGAUACGACUUUGCGCCAAAGACGGCAGUGACGAGUCCAUCGACGUCUGGCAGCUUACC